AAAAACUCCGAUUUCCCAGCUCUUCAGGUAGUCCUUUAACGCCUCCUGGCUACAGAUGUGCGGGGUGUGGUGAACUUAGAAAAGUUGUCAGCCGUCACUUGGGUGUUUUUGGAUCACAAGUGAAGGAGGAACAUCUCCGGAAAUCGUCGCUUAUCGGCGACAAGAAACGUUUGCCUCUUCAGGCAGCAGGAUGGAGUCAUGCAGGAUGGUGCCAGAACCCAAAAAGAAGGUCAAACCACCUAAAGUGCCUCCUAAGCCUCCUGAGAUUCAAAGAAACACAACCGAGAAUUUGGACAAGCCCACCCCCGUUGUGCCACCACGACCUACACGCUCGGAACUGAGCCAAACACAAUAUAUGAAAAGAAUAGCAACAGACAAAGAGACCAAUUCAAAUGUGAUACAAAGUGACAGGAAGGAGAAAAAGCCAGAAAUUCCUGUACCAACGCCGAGACUGACAGAAAAGAGGAACCGUCCCACCCGCCAGCGCCAUCACCAUAGCGAGUCCUCCGUUGAAAAGAAAAACUCAGGCGGAAUCGCCCAAUCAGAUGUCUCCAAAGAUGGGCAAGACAACAAGGAGACUCAUCAUCAUUCGGGCCUGACAGGGAUGUUUCGACAAAGCCAGAAAAACAAACAGCCAUCAUUUGUGAGUCAUGUGACUGAGGACCAGGACAGAGGUGACGACACAGUGACCAAACAGGUUCCUGCCAGCAAACCGGGUGGCCUGAAGGGAAUGAUGAAGCACCUAAAGUCCACACCAAAGGCUGGGAGUGGAGGAGGAGGAUGCGAGGUCGUUCCCGAUCCCAACAAGGAUGAGGCGACAUUAGAGACGUCACCUGGCAAAGUCAAACAAGAAAAAAGUGCAGAAGCGAAACAGGACUUUGGUGGUCGUCUAGCUGGAAUGUUCAAGAAACCUCCAGUAGUGACGGUCCGACUAGCGGACAGCGAGUCCGAGCAGUCAGAAGACGAGAAAACAUCGGAACAAUCGCAUGAAAAAGGAGGUUUCUUUUCCGGCUUCCUUAAAAAGUCCAACAAAGCAGCAGAUGACGCUCCAUCCCAGGAGAUUUCGGGUGUCGAGUCAGAGUCAUUACCCAGCAAUGACAAGGAAAAAGGAGGGCUUUUCAAGAAAAAACCUGCAGACGAGGAUCAGGUACCUCUGAGCGGCAAUCUGUCGGACAGCAGCGACAGUUUGAGCUCCAAGGGUGCCUCUGAGGAAAAAGGAGGAUUUUUCAGUGCCAUCCUCGGGAAAAAGUCACCCAAACUUCCCAAAGAGGCCGUGCCUGAGCAGGAUUCGGAGGAGGCACUACGGCGAGAUAUGUCCACCAGCUCGGACAGCCUUUCGGAAAACAAGGAAAAAGUAGGUUUGUUUAGCGGAUUUCUGAAGAAGACCUCCAAAGCCAGUGCAGAGGAGAACAUGUCUGCUCAGAAAGAACUUUCAGCAAGCAGUGACAGUUUGUCUGAUGCUACAAAGACCAAAGAAAAAGGAGCGUUUGGCAACAUGUUCAAAAAGUCCACCCGAACCACUGAUGUCCCAAACACGGAGGAGCCACAAGAUGAUAAGCACUCUGCAAACGGAGACGGAACAUCAGAGGAUAAUUCCAAGGAAAAAGGUGGAAUAUUUAGCGGAAUAUUCAAAAAGGCUGCCAAAGCCACUCAGCCUGAUGAGGAUGAGACCGUGAGGGAUAAAAAGCCAGCCAGCAGUGAGAGUUCCUCUGAGGGCAAAGCGGAGAAAGACCGAGGUCUGUUUGGGGGUUUCCUCAAAAAGGAACCCAAGAGAGAGAAGUCCGACUCAUCGGAUGGGGAAGAGGACAAGGAGUCGACAGGGGUGGGUAGUGACGAUGUGGUGGAGAAGAACGCCACCAAGGAUAAAAACAUUUUCAGCUACAUGUUCAAGAAGCCCCAGAAGACAACAGAGGGCGCUGAAACAGACCUAAAGAGUGAAACUCCGAAAUCUGGGAGCUGUGAGAACUUGUCGGAACCUGUCCCAAAGGGGAAAGGAGGAGGCCUUGCUGGUAUCUUCAAAAGAUCAGGCAGCAUUGACAACCUGCUCGAUGAGGAGAAAGGCGCACUCUUCAGUGGACUCAAGAAAACAGCAAAAGCAUCUAGAGAUGACGAGGCUGCAGGGAAGGAGAAGACAUCCAGUAAUGACAAUCUAUCUGAAAGCACCAACCCCAAGGAGAAAAGCAUUUUCAGCGGCAUGUUCAAGAAAGCUCCAAAAGCAGCCGAGGAGGGUUCAGCUAAUGAGGAGGCAAACAGCAAGGAGAAAGAGUUAUCAGCCAGCAAUGAAAACCUGACGGAAGAAAAUGCACCCAAGGAAAAGAGUGGAGGUUUUGCUGGAAUCUUCAAAAAGUCGCCUAAACCAGCGCCGCGCUCCGUUACCACCAAGGAUCCUCUCAGUGACACCAAGGAGAUGUCCGACACAGGCGAUAGGUCAGGAGACGAACUACGAGGCAGUAAUGAUAAUCUCCUAGAAGCAGGAACCACCACAAAGGAGAAAAAAGGAGGCUUUGCAGGGAUGUUCAAGUGGACGCCCAAAGCCGCUGACAGACAGGACAAUGAGAACGCAGAACCACCAGCUGGAGGCGGCCUGAAACGCAGGAGGACCAUCAGGAAGAAGAAACGAAUCGUAUCGUUCCGAGUCAAGACAACUCUUCCCAGGAUACCCAAACUUAACAUGCCAUCACAGGCGGAAGAAAAGAUUCCCAUCAUUGAGGAGAGCAUGGAGCUGCAGGAGAUGACCCCCUCACAGGAGAGCACAGUGGAGGUUCAGCAGGUGGAGAUGGCGGCGUUCCCAACGGAGGGCAACCCUCUAGAAUCAGAGGAGGAGGACGACGGCCUGUUGGACUGGUGGAAAAAUGUAGAAGGCUGGGCCGAGUGGAACGAGGCGGCCAACUUCCAAGACGAUGAGGAGCAGUUGGCGAUGGAGGAGGCAGCCGACCGUGUCUACAUGGGCGCGCGUCUAUUUGUGCACCUCUUCAACCAGCGGGGGGCAUCCUUGCAGCAUUCCAUCUUGGAGCUCUUAGCCGUAGCCGACGCCGCCGACCAGUUUCACAAGAAGACCGUGUCGGCCGCCGUGGGAGGAGGCGUGGCCAGCGUGGCCGGCAGCUUGACCACCAUCACGGGUCUCAUCCUGGCACCGUUCACGUUCGGAGCCUCCAUCAUCGUCACAGCGGUGGGCAUCGGCGUGGCCACGGCGGGCAGCAUCACGUCGGCCACGGCCAACAUCACAGACACGGUUCACUCCAACAUGGACCGCAAGAAGGUCGAGAAGAUGAUCCAGGGCUACCAGGAGCAAAUCAAGGACAUCCGGGAAUGUUUGGAGUUUGUGCAGGAGGGUAUGGACACGCUGCAGGAGUGGGACUUUGAGAAGUACUCGCAGAGCGCCAGCAAGAAGGCUCUGAACCACAACAUCAAGCAUGUGAUGAAGGAAGGCGGCCGAGCUGGGAAAGCCCUGAUGAUCAACACGGACAAGCUCAUCAGCACAGUGCAAGUCCUGGGCGCGGCGGGCGGCGCCGCCAAAGCCGCACAGGCCAUCAGCGUCACCACGGGAGUGAUGUCGGCACUCUUCCUGGCUCUUGACGUCUUCUUCCUCGCCAAGGAUUCCCACGAGCUCCGCAAAGGCGCCAAGACCAAAUUCGCCACCAAGAUCAGGGACGUGUGCAAAGACCUGCAGGACGGUCUCCUGGAGCUGAACAAGGUCAAGACGCAGCUGCAGAAGACCAUGGAUGGCAUCGAGCUGGAGGAGUACGAGGAGAUUGAAGAGGUGGAGGAAGAAGUGGAUGACGACUUGGAGUCGGAUCCCAAGAAGCUGGCCGAGCUGGAGCAGGAGUUGGACCUUAUGGAGGAGAAACUGGACAAGAAGAUUGAGGAGGAGAAGAAGAGUAAAGAUUGGGAGAAGGACAAGGAGACCAGAAGCAUCAAGGGAAAGGACGAGGACGACGAGGAGGAGGAAGAGGAGAAGGAGUCAGGAGAUAAGAAGAAGAAGGAAGGUACAAAGAAGAAGGAUAAACAGGACAAAGAGACGGAGAACCGAAUCGCAGCUUGGAAGGAGAAACAGGAAAAACAGGAAACAAACGUGUGUAAAAAAGCUGUUGACAAACCGAUAGAGAGCAAACCUCCCAGCAGAACUGGAGACUCCAAAAGGAGCACCAAUCCAGAAAGGGAGCAAAUCCACAGGGAAGAUGGAGGGAUGACUAGGAGUCCGCACAUUGGGAGCACGAGGACACGUUUGAGCGAGGAAAGUGGAUCUACUAACGGCCAAGGCAACAUGAAGGCGGUUUGGGAAAGGGGAGUCAACGACCGGAUGACAGAAACAGGAAGUAGAGACAAAACAAGAGAAAACCAAGAAAGAAGCGACUCUUCGCAGAGGGAUCUGGAGCGGGCACCGACGAGGGAAGGACACGGAAAAAGCGACGUUCGGAGGGAAUCGCAUAGGAGCCACAGAACCAGCGGGAGGGAACACACAUCUGGCAGCCGCAGGAGUCAUCACGGGCGAGCGGAGGACAGCAGCGAGGAAAGAAGACGAAGCCAAAUCGAGAGCACUCGGAGGAAGUCUGAGAGAAGGGAGGAGCAGGACGAGGAGCGUCGGUGGAGAGGAAGCGACCGAGAGAGGCGAGGAAGUAAACAAAGCGACAGAGAGUCCCGCCAUCGUUCCAGCGUCCUGCUUGAUGAUGGACUCUACAUUUAGAUUUGAAGCUGUUUACACUGCUUGUUUCAUACCUGGAUUGGUCCUCUUCUCAUUUUAGACCAAAAGUCACACUGGGAUGAGUAAAGAAACGGACAUUUUGGGGGUUCAUGGAAAAUGUUUCACUGUGCCCUCAUUUGUCUCAACGAUUUUCUACCAAAUUCUUGUGAGAGUCAAAAAUGAAAGAUUGUAAAUAAUCAAAGGACCAAACUGGAUUACUUUAUAUCUUAGUGCAAUAUAUGAACUACUGACACUGCUAAACCUUGUAUAUGCACAGAAUAGGGCAUUUUUACACUCAACAAAAAUAUAAACAUAAUAUUCAUUCAUUUUCUACUGCUUUUUCCCCACAAGCGGGGGUGCCGGAGCCUAUCCCAGCUGUCUUCGGGCAAGAGGCGGGGUACACCCUGGACUGGUGGCCAGCCAAUCACAGGGCACAUAUAGACAAACAACCAUUCACACUUACAUUCAUACCUAUGGACAAUUUGGAGUGGCCAAUUAACCUAGCAUGUUUUUGGAAUGUGGGAGGAAACCGGAGUACCCGGAGAAAACCCAUGCAUGCAUGGGGGGAACAUGCAAAAGGGUGGAAUCGAACCCUGGUCCUCCUAGCUGUGAGGUCUGCAUGCUAACCACUUACCCACCGUGCCGCCCUAAACAUAAUAUAAAAUAAUAAAAUAUAAUAUAUAAUAUAAUAUUGACAAAUAUAAAAAAUAUAUUUAAAAAUAUAAAAAUACAAAUAAAAAUAUAUAUACAUAAAAAUAAUAAUAAUAAAUAAAUAUAUAUAAAAAUAAAAUAAAUAAAAUAUAAAAAUGCAAAAAAAUCAAUAAAAUGCACCUGUAUUUGUUGUCCAUCCCACAACCCCGCUGUCACCAUGGGCCCGUCUACCCAUAACACAGCUUCAUCUGACUGUAUUGAGGCCAUUUUGAAAGUCGAGAGCCUGAGGCUCAUUGGUGUGUCAUUCAUCCACAAGCAGAACCUCAUAUGGAAGCAUGAUAAUGCACGGCCCCAUGGUGCAAGGAUCUCUACACAUUGGAAGCUGAAAACAUGCGAUGCACUGGAUUGUUGUGUACGGUAUUUGAGGUAUUUUGAUUUUUGAAGUUAUUCUAGAAGAAUAGUUUGUGAAAAGUUACAUAUUUUAAGAUAUUUAAUCCAUCUGCUACCUGUUGUAGUGAUAUUUUAUUUGGUGGGAUUCCGUUAAAAAACAAGGACUGUUAUGUACUAUAUUAUGUCUAGCAGAAUUCUACAUACAUUUUCCUUUUAUCGUUAUAAUAUUGUUGCUACUAUGUUUCUGUGUUCUUAUACUGUGAUCACACUGUACUGUAUUGUCAUUUGGAUUGGGAAUAAAGGGGCCUGUUGGAUGAGGGAUUAAGAUGGGGUCAUUUGGUUAUACUGAUUGAGAUAAGAGAGGAGAUAAAGAGACUCCACAGAAUAAAUAUCCGUGACAAUUUAUGUCAGAACAUAUUAUACUUUCCUGGAUAAAUUGAGCCACAGUGACCAUAAAUGGAAACCGACCAUUUAUCCACUGCCCAUUACAAUCAACUACAACUAUGCUAGCUAGCUAGCUACAUAAAUAGAUAUAAUACACAGCUACAAGAUAAAAGAGUUAUACAGUGUGAUGGAUAUGGAGUUGGAUUUACACAAUUUCAUUCACAUUUUCUGUAGAAAUUACUUUAGUUUUUAGUAGUAUUUCAUCGUAACCCCUUCAGACUC